GAAAGACUAGUUUAAGUUUAUAAUGCCAACAGGCGUCAACAAAUGCGGACGUAACGCAGUCUUUGUGUUCCGGUGUAAACUUGGCUUUAUAACUUGUAUUAUUUGUGAUUGUUACGCAGAAGUCUAUCAGAAAGUGUAACGAGUUAUUGUUUAAUAUUUGUAAAUCUUUCCUGGACACAAGAUGGAGAAUUCAACAAUUACCAAACAAGAUGUGGCAAUGAUCAAAGAAUGGAUCUCCAAAGAGUCUUACUUACCACAGGACAUUGAUGACUUUAUGCUAUGGAAAUUCCUUAACAGCUGCUAUGGUAGUCUGGAAGCAACCAAAAAGUGCAUUGAAAGAUUCGCCACGGGCCGCGCUUCGAUGAAGGAAAUCUACACGAGCAGGGAUCCAUUUUCCGAGCAAGUAAAAACAGCAUUUUCAAUUACAUCAGUAGCCACAUACGAAGCUGGCAAAUUCGAGAUGUUGAUUCAUCAAUUGGACGACCCUGCUCUUGAGAAAUUUUCAUUCUACGAUUUAUUGAAGUCAUUCACCAUCCAGGCCGACUACUGGUUGAGGAACCACCAGUACAAAGAGUUCCCUGAGGGCCAUAUCAUCGUGCUUGAUAUCAAGGACUAUCAUCUGAAAAUCAUUACCAAAGUCAACAUCAUGUACUUCAGAGAUUUCCUGUUAUUCUUACUUGAAAGUAUGCCAGUGCGAGUGAAGGAAGUGCAUGUGGUCAAUUGUCCGUCGUACUACGAGAAACUGUACGCACUAGUCAAACCCAUCCUACCUGCGGAAAUAAAUGAUAUUAUUAAGUUUCACGGUGACUCUGAAGGCAUCAGCAAAUACGUGGACAAAAAGUAUUUACCUAAGGACUACGGUGGAGAGGCAUCAUGCCUGAAGGACGAACAAAAGGUUUGGGUGGAUGCUAUUAACGAGAAAAGAUCUAUGUUCUUAAACGACAGCUUGUGGACAGCGGACAGUAAGAAAAAACCAAAGAGCAACGCCGACCAGACUAUGAAUGGAUCUUUCAGAACCCUUGCUAUCGAUUGAUUAGGUUAGAUAAAUAAUUAUAUUGCAUAUUUAUAUAUCGGUGUGUACUUAAAUGUAAUAAUAGAAUACGAUAGAGUUAUCUUGUGUUCGUUUAAUUGUAAAUGGGAAAAAUAUUUCUUGUAAAAAAAGGAUGCGUAUAAGAAUUGGGUAAUAUUUGUAGAAAAAAAAAUUGUAUAGUAUGUUUUAUAUUGUGAUUAAGUCGAAUAGGUAUAUUGUGAUAAGAUAAGCAAGGCUUAUUUAAACUUUUCUUUUAACGGUUCUUUUAUUUUGUCACUCUGUAGUGAUGAAGAUACAGGAAAUCCUUAUCUGUUGAAUGUUAAAAGAUGUUUUGCAGGAUAAGAAAAUGAAUAAAAAUUGUUAUAAAGUACUUUAUUUUAAAAUUAUAAAUCUGUCAGGUAGACAAUUCACGGGUCAAGCGACGGGUACUUAACCGAGAUUUAUUUCAACAUACUCCACAGGUUACUUUCUAGAGUUAUUGAAUCAUUGAUUUAGAAAAUGACAUGUGACGAGUGGUCAUCCCAAAUAACUUGUAUACUGACUGACGGCUUUGAACUUGCAGUGAGAUUUUUACUUUAUAAUGUGAAACAUUCCAGCGAUGUUCAUAUUGAUUACUCCGAAGAACUUAAAAGGCGACUGUAAAAGCAUUUGGCAUCGGUCAUAAUCUUGUGGCUAGGAUGGAAAGUUCAUUACAGGAACAAUGGCGAAACUAUACGAAACAGAAUCUGAUGAUCGAUAAUCCGCAUCUUAGUUCUUGAUUUAGUUUUUCUUCACAAGAGACUUUAUCGUGUCUAUGUGCACUUUAGCUAUUUCCACUAUGUAUUGAUCCAUUCUGUUGGUAUAUUACAUAUACAUAUACAUUUUUUUUAUUAUUUACGACUCCUCGACUUGCGGCUUAUAUAUGCCGAAUAUUGAAGAGAGGAAAAGAACUUGAUCGGUAUUCUGAAUUACGUCGGGUUAUUUUGUAGCCAUGUCCAUAGACCAUUGUUCAAUUUGUGUCUGUAAUCCGAUAUCUGGCAAGUCAGCAUUUCCUCCUUUCAAAGUUAUGUGUUCUAAUUUCCUCCGGCCCAUUCCAGUCUGUGGAUCCAAGCUGUGUAACUAGCAGUGCAGUAUAAAAGCCUUUAAUUA